UGCACUUUAUGUGAUUGCAUUUCUUUUGUUUCUUUAAUUUGUAGGUAUCUUAGAAAAUGGCCAACACAGUUAAGAACGUUGUCUUACUGGAUGCAGACGCUGUCCACAGACUAGUCACUGAAGGGAGCAAUUCAAAACAAAAAAUAAUUGAGUAUCUGACUCGUGCUUUUGAGGACUGCACCCCUGCAUUCACCAAAUGCACCCAUAAUAAAUUGCUAUUGUGGAGCGGGAGCUAUCCCAACGAAAGCUGGGUGGUGUUUUUGGAAUUGGAUUGUUAUGAUUGCGGGUAUAAGGAAAGCAGAUCCGUAGAAUCUUGCUUUCUUGAGCUUGUGGAGAGGCGUGAUUCGCCUAUCAUUGUUUCGGACAAAGUCUCGAUCAAUCAUAAUUUGAUCCUCAGUAAAGAGGAUAUUGAGAAGAGGGUCGAGAAGAAGCAGCAGCUGUCCAAGCCAGAAAUGGACAGCAAGAAGAGGAGGAAGCCCGACCCUCCAAAAGAAGAAGCGGAGGGAAAGAAGAGGAUGCCCGAGAAAGAAGAAAUAGUGGGGAAGAAUAGAAAGGGGUUUUAUUUGCUUCAGUCCAAUUCUAUUGAAGCAUGUGAGACUUAUACUUUUGAUUGUGACAUUCCUGUUUCUUCCAUCAUCACCAGCAUUGCGCCCAUUCACCUGCAAGAUGCAGGAAGAGGUUUUCCAGUAGAAUCGAUAUGGAAGUUGGUCAGUUCAGUAUCUUGCUGCUUGUCAAGUCUGAAAUGUUUUUGGAAUUGGGUUUUGUAUUGGAUAUUUUCAAGAAUUGGGUUUUGUAUUGGAUGUUUUCAACACCUUUUCAAGUAUGAUUUUGAAAUGAUCAUAGUUUUGCUUAGUGGUGGUCAUCAGGUUCUUUUCAUUUCCUCUCUUCCUCUGCUUUGAUUUUCUUAGUUCGAUUCCAGGGGAGGAUCGUUGUACAUGUUACUUGAGAAUUUAAUUGAAGGUAGUUCAAUCAGUCAAUAUUCAGCUUGCA